AUGUUAGCAGCCUUGCUACAAGAAAUUAGAGAAGAAAGAAGAAUAUUCAAAGAAUCAUUAGAGAAGAGUUCACAAGAACUCAGAGAAUCAUUAGAGAAGGGUUUACAAGAAAGGGAAGAAAUAGUACGAAAUUUCGGAAAAUCACUAAAGGAAGACUUACAAGAAUCAUUAGAAAGGAAUUCACAAGAAACGAGAGAGAGGGAAGAAAGGUUACACAAAUCCAUAGACUUAAUAGAGAAGAAUUUUCAAGAAUUUAGAGAAAGCUUGGAGUCGGGUAAGGAAGCUAUAGUACAAGAAAUCAGAACCUCGUACACAAAGACGGAAUGUAAUCUGAGGAAGGAAAUACAGGAGUUACCAAAACGACUGAAGAUGAACGUCGACGAGAGAGAAAGUAAGCUACAAAAGAAUGUAAACCAGAUGCAGGGAGACGUGGAGAAGACGGAAGGAAAGUUGACAGAAAAGAUAGAAGAAGAUGUUGAAGAAAAUAGAACCCAAUUGGGAGGAAAGAUCACCGAAGUGACGCAGAUGCAGAAACAAUGCAACAAUGUGGUUGAGGGGAUAGGAGAGAAACAAAAACAAUUGGCAGUAAAUCUGAAAAAUGCUAUAGCCGUACAGCGAGAAGAAGAUGACCAGUGGGGUGCAAUCAAAGUUCAACUACGCUAUGCUGAUGUCAAGAAGUACCUGUGA